AUGCCGGAUCUCCAGGAUCAGCCAAGCCACCUCUGCAGUCGUUGCAGCACCCUUCCCCUGGACGCCUUUUUCGACAUCAUACCUAAGGCUAUAGAAUUGGAGCUCGGCCUUUUUUACGACAUUGUUGCCAAAAGCGAGGAUUGCUCAUUCUGCCAACUAGUUGUUCAAGCAUUCUAUGUUCACCUAGACCCACACUGGCAACCAGGAGAGUAUCCCAAUCAAAUGUGUUAUCUACUCGUUGACGAGCAAAAGGCUGCAUCAUCUUCGUCACUGAUCAACGUCUACUGCGAUAUCACGUCUGAGUCUAUGCCAGGGGGAAUCUUUGGAAGCUACAAAUUACUAGGAUUCAUCGGCCUGCCUUUGCAAGACGGGACCAACGACAGCACCCAGAACUUGACGACUAGAGAGUUGAGCUACGAUCUGAUCAGCUCCUGGGUUGAGGAGUGUCGAUUACAUGACAAGUGCAACGUGGGGAUAAGCCCAUAUUUCGAGGGAAACACAGGCAUCUGGCUGGUUGAUGUCCAAGAUAUGUGCCUCGUCCAUCAGCCCUGGAAUUGUCGCUACGUUGCCCUCAGCUACGUCUGGGGAAGCCUCAUAACAUUUCGGAGCCAGAAGGCCAAUUUUCACAGUCUACAACUUCCUGCCUCUUUGAACGGCUUUAUGGGAGAAAUACCACAAGUCAUCCAGGACGCCAUUGUAUUCACCGCCAAGAUCAAGCAACGCUAUCUUUGGGUAGACUCCUUGUGCAUUGUACAAGAUGAUGACGCGUUCAAAGAACGAUACAUCCCUCGAAUGCACCUGAUAUACCAAUCAGCCGUGGCAACAAUCAUCGCUACAACAGGAAAGGAUGCCAACAAAGGUCUGCCGGGCGUCUCUUAUCCUCGUGAGAAACCAAACACCCCAAUCAAGAUUGGCGCUCGACUGCUGGAAGCCAAGUCUCCCGCUCUCUUGCCACUCAUGUGGAACUCGAAGUGGAAGACGAGAGCUUGGACUUUCCAAGAAGCUGUCUUUUCCAGGAACCGGAUCUACCUCACCGAUUACCAAGUGUACUGGGUUUGCUCUUCUCGUCGGGCUUCGGAAAGCGGCACUGCGUACUCCCACCGAAACGUGAGACUUUGGGACAACAGCUCCACCAGUCUUCUUUCACGCUCUGUCGACAUGUCUCGGAGAGACUUUUAUGAGAGUCUUGUCAAAGAAGUUUCAAACAGAAAUCUCUCUUAUCAUUCCGAUUCGCUGAGCGCUUUUGCCGGGCUGCUUUCGAAAAUGGGAGAGAUGUAUGGCUGGUCGUUUGUCAGUGCUAUCCCGGAAAGUAACUUCGAGUCUUUCCUUUCUGGGGGAUGCCUUUCGGCGGUGUGCUUCGACCAAGAGAAAGAGCGAAGCAUGACCCGGAUGUCCAGCUCUGCCGCUCGCCUACCUGUUGUUGGACGGCGUGGGACGGGGAAAGCAGUGACUACAAAGUCUGAGGUCGGAGGUUACUGGAUCAGCGAGAGAACCGGGUUUAAGAAGAUUGGCGAACCAGGAAGCCCCAACGGCCAAAUUCUUGCGUCAUCACCGUCUGAGAAGCAGCCAAAUAUGCCGGAUUCUGAUCAUCUGGAGAUUGAUGUCCCGCCAAACACUCUCAUGUUCAAAGCACAUGGCAUCGUUGCCAAACCUUUCGAGAUUAAACUCCCGAACUUCGACCCGGCUUGCAGUCGUUACUUUCGGGGAAAUUUGACCCGCGCAGGCUGGGUGUAUGACAGCAAUGGACGACACUGCGGAACACUUCGUGGCAUCAAUUUCUCGAAAUAUCAUGACCAAGAGAAAUGGGAAAUAAUUUUGCUGUCGCGCAGCGAUCAAGACGAGGUCCUGCAAGCUAACAUUGACGCUACGCCGAGCACCGACUUGCCUCCGGAGUACCCCUCUGCCAAAGAGUACUACGAAGAAAUAUUCGAUACGACGGCGUAUAAGUACCGAAGAUGGUGGGCCCUAAACAUUAUGUUGGUCGAAAGGAAGGGUAUGUGGGUGGAACGGGUUGCUGUUGGGCAGAUCCAUGCUGACGCGUGGGAGUCCGCUCUUGGGCAGUCAUCUCCGGAAACAAUUUUCUUAGCUUAA